AUGGCCACCUUGUACAACCGUGAUAGCGCCCUAAGUUCCAACCGCAAGGAUGGAGUCUUGAGAAAGCUUAGUCCUAUCGAAUCUUUCCAAUCGGCGACGCAUCUAUUGGGGCUUUAUGUUGGCUGCGUCAUCUCUUGCAGAUACCAUGUACCCGGAACGCUCUUGACAUCGGCCACCGAACCAUCCUUUGAAAGCAGAAUUGAACUCGCAAUUGCCCAGGCUAUCAGUCAACUUCCCGUCUUCACCGUUGGUCGGAUUAACGUGGACACAAAGAAACCACUCUGGGUCCGACUCGAUCGGAUUGACUUCAACAACCACAUAAAGUGGCAGACCGUUUCUGAAACCGAGGACUACACGAACGUCCACGACGACGCACUUGAUUGGCAGGUGAACACUCCUUAUGCCAACCUAGAUGCUCAGCCAUUAUGGAGAUCAACUAUAAUUAGACCGGCAAAUUCCAACUUUAUCGACGUCAUCUUUGCUUGGGAUCACACAGCAGGAGAUGGCAAAAGUGGCAAGCUAUUUCAAGACAAGUUACUGGCAUGUCUCAACGACGGAACAGAGGCUCAAGACAACGUUGUCUUGCAAGGUCGAGUUUUUAAGGUCCCUGUCGCAGAUUUCACGCCGCCACUGCACCGCCUAAUCAAACUUCCCGUUUCUCUGAAUUUCAUCCUAGGUGAAUUCGGGCGCGAUUUGAUCGCCACGACGAGACCGAAUAAGCCACCGCAAACGGCACAGUGGGCACCUAUCAAGACAGGACUGGCCAAGAGCCGCCUCUUGCAAAUAGAAAUUGCGAAAGACUUCCUGGGGCCCAUACUAAACGCGUGUCGUGAGCACGAAACAACCUUGACUGGACUGUUGCAGACGCUCCUUUUGGUGUCAAUGGCUGCUCGAGUUGACGAAUCCAAAGCUCGAGCAUUUGAGUGCGGCACUCCUGUCUGCCUUAGACAAUUUCAACAGCCAGGGACAUCGAACAUCGAUAUGAAUAAGACAGCUCUUAACAGUGUUGUCUAUUGGCCAUUCGUGUUCGAUCAGGAAAUCGUUGCAACUCUUCGCCGGCAGAUCAGCGAUGCGAAAGCAACCCCCGAGUUGAAUUCACAGGUGGAGGCUACAGUCUGGUCUGCUGCCAAAGCGAUAAGAGGCGGGUUGUCUGCGAAGUUGAAGCAGGGUGCUAAGAAUGACCCAGUAGGCUUGGCAAAAUUCAUCACUAACUGGAAAUCAUUCUUGAUGGACCAUACGAAAAGCCGAGUGAUGUCCUGGGAGGUCAGUAAUCUUGGUGUAUUCAAUGGAGGUGCAUCAGAGGAAACUACUGGCGGCCAGCAGAAGUGGACAGUUGAGAGCGCGACAUUUUCUCAAAGCGCGAGUGUAUCUGGUCCGGCUUUGACGUUCAGCACGAUCUCUGUUAAAGGCGGGGCAUUGGUACUGUCGUGUAGUUGGCAAGUUGGUGUGGUCGAGGAUGAGUUGGCGAAGGGUGUGUCGGCGGAUAUAAAGUCUUGGCUAAACCAGUUGGGUGCUACUGGUAAGAUUCAGUUUGCAACCUAG